AUGUACAUACAGACACGUACGUACAUACACACAAAUGUACAUGCACACACACACACAGAGACAUGUAGACACACACACAUACAUGUACAUACACGCAGACACAUGUACAAAUACACACACACAUACAAAUACACACACACAGCCCUAAAAAAAGUUUCAGUACUUCGUUACCUUCACGCACAGAGCCGGGUACUGCACUCUAGGGGGAGGCAGAGAGCACAGCCCACUCCUUCCUUUGCUUUCACUUUGCUCAACUAUUGAGCAGUCUGACGGCUCCCAGUGCGAGUGACAGAUCCGGCCCUGAGUUCCAAGCCUGCUCAGCAAGACGGCCCUGGGGACACACUCGCCCCCACCAUAAUUUCCACUCGCCAAUGCGAGCAGAAAUUUCAACGCCUGCUCUAAAGUA